AUGGAGGGCCGAGGCACCCCCUUCGGCUCAGGGCCCUCAUCGCAAGGCGACAACUAUGGCGAGGAAUGGGCCCACGAACUCCGAGUCCGCUUCGAGGGCCUGCUGCGCGAUAAGCGCAUGAACGACCUCAGGGCUCAACAUCUAUCACAGCACUCACGAGAACGACCUUCGAGCGCCUAUCGCGAUGCCCCUUCACCUGCUGCACUGCGACAUCUUCCCAAGAUCCCAACACCACCCACCGCUACCGACCGCGACUCACAAAAGUUCCGAAAUCUUCUCCUCAGUCUAUCACUCACGCCUACCAAAUACGAGAACCCUGGAUUGUUGGAUGAGGCUCUCCAGACCAUUCCCCUCGACCGCAUAUAUGGCGAGGCUGAGGAAGAGUGCCAAGUUCUGCAGGCUCAAGCAGAGAGUAUGGGCGACGGACGGAAGCCGGAAUGGGGAUAUCAGGACUGCGUCAUCCGAGCCCUUCUUCGGUGGUAUCGGCGGUCAUUCUUCACAUGGGUAAAUAACCCCCCAUGCCCAGUUUGCCUGUCCCCUACAAUCGCCCAGGGCAUGACAGCACCAACUCCAGAGGAGAGUGCAUGUGGUGCGCUUCGAGUUGAGCUCUACCGCUGCUCUGCCGAGAGUUGCGGUGCCUACGAACGUUUUCCACGCUACGGUGAUGUUUGGCGACUACUGCAGACCCGCAGAGGCCGCGUCGGAGAAUGGGCAAACUGCUUCAGCAUGCUCUGCCGCGCGGUCGGUGGACGUGUGCGGUGGGUCUGGAAUGCCGAGGACCACGUCUGGACUGAGGUUUAUUCAGACCAUCAAAAGAGGUGGAUUCACGUGGAUGCCUGCGAGGAAGCCUGGGACAACCCCCGACUCUACACCGAAGGCUGGGGAAAGAAGAUGUCGUACUGCGUGGCCUUUUCCACCGACGGCGCUACCGACGUGACUCGGCGAUAUGUGCGCAAGAACGAAGCCGCCAACGAGCGUAACCGAUGCCCCGAGGAGGUUAUGCUUUACAUAAUGCAGGAAAUCAAGAAUCUCCGUCGGGCCAACAAAUCCAAGGAAGAGCGCUUCCGUCUUGAGAAGGAAGACCAGGCGGAGGAUCUGGAACUCCGGAAUUACGUGGUCGCGUCCAUUGCCCAGGCCGUUACGGAUCUCGUACCCGGAUCCCCCAACUCUGUCAACAAUCGUGGCGGCAGUGGCGGUGCAGGCCAAGACACCAAGCUGCCGGCCGAGAACCCGUCCCGCCAAGUUGGGUCUGCCGAAUGGCUGGCCGCUCAGCAACGCCAGCACGACAGACAGUGUCAACCCCGUGAUCCUAGCCAUCGGCGACACCUUCCUUGA